AUGUCCGCCCACCGUACCCUGCAAACCAUGGCGCUGCUCCCUCACCACUUCGACGAAAAGGUCACACUCGCCAUCAUUGGCGGCACCGGGCUCUACGACUUGCCUAAUUUGAAGCCGGUGGCUCGCCUCACCGUGCUGACGCCGUGGGGGUUCCCGUCGGCGCCCAUCACCAUUGCCCGUACCGACCUGGGCUUCCCCGUGGCGUUCCUCGCCCGCCACGGCCUGCACCACGAUUUGUUGCCCUCCGACGUCCCGCUGAGAGCCAACAUCGCCGCCCUCAAGCUGUUGGGGGUCAAGGCGAUCGUGGCGUUCCUGGCGGUGGGGUCGCUCCAGCAGGAGAUCAAGCCGCGGGACUUUGUGUUGCCGUCGCAGGUGAUUGACCGUACUAAAGGCAUUCGCCCGUCGACGUUCUUUGAAAAAGGGUUCGUCGCCCACGCGAUGUUUGGCGAGCCCUUCGACCUACACUUGCGCCUGGUGAUCGAAAACGCCGUGCAACCGGGGUUUUUACAAGGGUUUGACGGGGGCGCCGCCCCCACCUUCCACACUAAGGCGGUGUCAACCGACGACUUGACCGUCGUGUGCAUGGAGGGUCCCGCGUUCCUGACCCGGGCCGAGCUGAAGCUCUACCGCACCUGGGGCGGGUCGGUGAUCAACAUGCUGGUGUUGCCCGAGGCGAAGCUCGCCCGCGAAGCGGAGAUCGCUUAUCAGAUGAUCUGCAUGCUGACGGACUACGACUCGUGGAACGAGCUGGAGGAGCCGGUCACCGUCGAGACGGUGGUGCUGAACUUGAAGGCGAACUCGGCCAACGCGUGCAAGCUUGCUGCCCAUUUAAUCGACGUGCUUGCCGAGACUCAAGGCCUUGGCGACUCGUUGGCGGGGCUGAUGAAAUUCGCGAUAUCGACGCUGCCUCACGGCGUCAAAAAGGAACUUUUGGAAAAAAUGCACUUUUUGCAUCCCGGGUACUGGGAAGUAUAG